CACCGCCACCCUUGGCUUGGACUCUCCGCUCCAGUCUGGUGUUCCGCCGAACAGGCUCCAGCUAGUUAGUCGUUAUCGAGGAGCCGACGUGUGGACGUUUACCUCCGGGGAGUGCUCGUGGAGCGAACCGCUUCGGAGGAGCCUCCGUGUACUACCGCUACCACUGGAGUGAACUUCCAACUCUCCCAUGUGGACAUUAUUAGACCUUUGAGGAGAAAGGCAAACUUCCCACCACUACUACUACUACUACCACCUCCACCUCCACCCUCCACCCUCCACCUCCCUCCGUCCGUCCCUUCCUCGGUCCUUCGCUCUCGUUAUCCCGCUUCGGCCGUCCAUGAGAGCCGCGCUCGACCGAAGUUAGCUUCUUUUUUUUUUCUUUUUUUUGAAGAAAAGAAGGAGAGGAGGCUGAGGAGGAGGGGAAAAUAAAAGUUAGCGGGGGGAAAGAUGGUCCGCCUGCUGUGCGUCCUGGUGCUCAGCCUCGGCUUCCUCACGCCGCCGCCGCCGUGCCACGCUCGGAUUUACACCAACCACUGGGCGGUCAGGAUACCCGGCGGGGCCGCGGUGGCCGAGCGGAUAGCGGAGAAGUACGGCUACAGGAACAUGGGACAGAUUGGGGAUUUGAAAGACCACUACCACUUCUUCCACAGUCGGACAAUUAAGAGGUCCACUCUGUCCAGUCGUGGCCGCCACAGUUUUAUCUCCAUGGAGCCCAAGGUGGAGUGGAUCCAGCAGCAGGUGGUGAAGAGGAGGAUCAAGAGGGAUUACAAGAUGGCCAUGCCCCUCUCUCUAUCCAGCCACGCCCACAGCAGCCAGACCUUCCUGAGCAACAUCUUCUACAACGACGCCAAGUGGAGUAGUAUGUGGUACAUCCACUGCAAUGAUGACGUGCACAACUGCCAGUCAGACAUGAACAUCAUGGGUGCGUGGAAGCGGGGCUACACGGGCAAAGGCGUGGUGGUGACCAUCCUGGAUGACGGCAUCGAGCGCAACCACCCAGACCUCGCUCAGAACUACGACCACCAAGCCAGCUUUGAUGUGAACGGGAAUGACUUGGAUCCCAUGCCACGCUAUGACGCAACCAACGAGAACAAACACGGGACUCGGUGUGCAGGAGAGGUGGCUGCGUCCGCAAACAACUCGCACUGCAUUGUGGGAAUUGCCUACAAUGCCAGAAUAGGAGGUGUGCGCAUGCUGGACGGGGACGUGACGGACAUGGUGGAGGCCAAGUCUCUGAGCCUGCAGCCGCAGCACAUCGACAUCUACAGUGCCAGCUGGGGACCCGAUGAUGAUGGCAAGACAGUGGAUGGACCCGCAUCACUUGCCAGGCAGGCCUUUGAGAACGGCAUCCGGAUGGGGAGGAAGGGCCUGGGCUCCAUCUUCGUGUGGGCCUCAGGCAACGGCGGCAGAAGCCGCGACCAUUGCUCCUGCGACGGCUACACCAACUCGAUUUACACUAUCUCCAUCUCCAGCACGGCUGAGAGCGGACGCAAGCCCUGGUACCUGGAGGAGUGCUCGUCCACGCUCACCACCACCUACAGCAGCGGCGAGAACUACGACCGGAAGAUUAUCACAACAGACCUGAGGCACCGCUGCACGGACAGUCACACGGGGACGUCGGCCUCGGCUCCCAUGGCCGCCGCCAUCAUCGCUCUGGCGCUGGAAGCAAAUCCUCUUCUAACUUGGAGAGACGUCCAGCACAUCAUUGUGAAGACGUCCCGAGCCGGGCACCUCAGCGCCCCCGACUGGAAGACCAACGCCGCUGGUUAUAACGUCAGCCACCUGUACGGUUUUGGCCUGAUGGAUGCUGAGGCCAUGGUGAAGGAGGCGGAGCGAUGGAAGCAGCUCCCCUCGCAGCACGUCCCACCUCAGCACGUGUGUGUGGAGAGCGCCGACCGGCAGAUCAGGACAAUCCGCCCAGAGCAUGUGGUGCGUUCGGUGUACAAGGCGACGGGCUGCACAGACAACCCCAACCAUCAUGUGAUCUACCUGGAGCAUGUAGUGGUACGCAUCACCAUCACGCACCCUCGCCGGGGAGAUCUGUCCAUCAAUCUGACCUCACCAUCGGGGACCAAGUCUCAGCUGCUGGCCAACAGGUUGUUUGAUCACUCCAUGGAGGGGUUUAAAAACUGGGAGUUCAUGACCACCCACUGCUGGGGAGAGAAGGCAGCAGGUGACUGGGUACUGGAGAUUUAUGAUUCCCCCUCUCAGCUGCGCAGCCAAAAAGUGCCUGGCAAGCUAAAGGAGUGGUCACUGGUGCUGUACGGGACCUCGGUACACCCGUACUCGUCCCUACGCAGCAUGUCUGUUGAGACCAGAUCUACUGAUGCUGUGGCGCCCACCGAUGAAGUGUUCACCGAGGAGUACAAUGGUCCUUGUGAUUCCGAAUGCAAUGAGCAUGGCUGCGAAGGCCCUGGGCCGCAUCACUGUAUAAACUGCCUCCACUACUUCCUCAAGUUCAAGAACAACACAAGGAUGUGCGUGUCCGAGUGCCCCAGCGGCUUCUUUCGCGAUGACAGGAAGCGCUGCAAGAAGUGCUCGUCGCUGUGUGAGACGUGCAUGGGCAGCCGCAGCGACCAGUGCACCACCUGCAGGCCCGGGUUCCACCUCAACGAGGGCUCCCACACCUGCGUGGCCGCCUGCGGUGACACCUUCUACCUCGACCACGACUCCAACAUUUGCAGGAGGUGUCCGGAGAACUGCAAGAAGUGCACUGCCUCCAAUUUCUGCACAGAAUGUAAACUCGGGACCAGUUUACUAGGCAACAAAUGUCAGAUGACGUGCGCCGCGGGUUCCUACUACAACGGCCACCGGAGGACUUGCGAGCCUUGCCACCGCGCCUGUGCCACCUGCGCGGGCACAGGUAUUGAGGCGUGCACCAAGUGCGCCGACGGCUACUUGCUGGAGGACUGGCGCUGCGUCGCCACGUGCAGCAACGGCUACUACCUGUCAGAGCAGGCGGCCAACGGAGGCCAGGUGCAGAAGUCCUGUAAAAAGUGUGACCAUAGCUGCUACGAGUGCCUGGGGCCCGGUGAGAGGAACUGCAGCAGCUGCGUCAGCGGUUACAAUCUGGAGGUGGGAGCCUGCGUGGUCAGCACCAUCUGCAAAGAUGGGACUGCAUGACAGGAGGUGCGAAGACGGGACUACAACACACCUACCUUUUUUUUUUUUUUUUUUUUUUUUUUUUGCUCUGUACUGGGACGGUCAGUAUGUACAACGACUGGGAAUUUCCUCAACAACAACAAAAAAGUGCAAACAAAACAAAAAGUGUCAGUAUUUUGUGACCAAAGCAUCAAUGCCAAAAUCAUUGAACGUUUUUUUGGGUUGUAAUUUUUAUUUUUAUUUUUUUUGUUGCCAGUGUAGCGUUUAUCGCUAAAACCUGUGAAUCUCUGAAUGCGUCUGUGUGCAUCUUUUUCUCUUUUUUUCCAGUGUUAAUAUUAAUAAUAAUGAACAGAUGGAAAUAGGAGAGCUUCUGUAAAUACAGUGUAAUCAUUAAAGAAAACACACGGGGUGGGGGGGGGGAAAGUCACAUAGCAAUGUGAAAAUCAUGUCCGUCUGGGCCCACGAGGGAUCACAACAUACCCGCACACUACAGGAAAUGAAGUCGAAAUGGUGACGCACGAGCAAAAUCAACUUUAUAUACUAAAAACACCACCGUUAAUGUGUGUUUUCACUUUUUGACUACAUUAACUGAUUAAAAAAAAGCUGUACAAAAUGUGAUGGAACAUAUUUUGAAUGUUCUGAACUCCUGGUUCCAUGCCAGUGCGUGGAAGUAGCUCAACUUCCACCGGCUGACGUCACUUUUGUCCUUUAGACAGCAAACCAGCAAAAUCAAGAGCGCAAUGUCCUCUGUUGCGUCUAAGACAAUAACAAUGUGAUGAUAAUCACAAAAAUAUGGGGAGUAUUUUAAAUAUUCCUAAUUGGAAAUUUUCCUUGGUAAUUGUGUGAUCUUUUGGGGGGAAUUAACUUGGAUUUGAGGACAAUUUAAUGGAAUGCACUCAAGCAGAAAUAUAAACAUUUUGUUUUGUCAUGUAAGUAGACACCCAUGAAAACUAGAUUUAAUUUUCCCUAAGUCCUCUUUUUUUUUUUUUUUAACUUCACUCAUGGGUGCAAAAAUACAAAUCAAUAAAUAAAAUAGAAAAACAAAGCAAAAAAAAUCGACCAAGCGACUACUGGUAAAUUGAAAAUCUUGUGUAAGUUGGGGCUUUCGUAAAUCAAGGUACCACUGCACUGGCGGGAAGUCUUGUUGUUUUAGUCAGGAACAUGCUAGAAUAUACUUUCCCCAACUAUAUUUAAGUUCCCCUUUUUUGUAAAUUCCUGUUUUAUUCCCACUUAUGCCACAAAUUCCUGUUAAUUCCCAUGGAAAGUUUCCAACUUUGAAAGUUUUCACUUUGAACAAUCAAUCCCCAACUGAAUGAAUCGAUCUUCCGACCAAUCCCGAACUUGAUUUAAAGUCGGCCAGGCGGCACUCCUUCAUUCACUCACUCAUUUAUUCGCUCAUUCAUUCAUUCAAUUCCUUAGCCAAUCGUCUUGUAGAGAUCCUGAUUGGUUUUCCUGUUGAUCAAAGGGCGUGGAACCUGUUCUAAAAAGCCCUGAAACAUUUAAACCCACAAAUGCUCAUCAUAGAUAAUACAACCCAUUUGUUUGGUCAUAGUUUUCUCACUUGUCGUGAAAUUGCAGAGUAGCGGUCCAUUCUUCCACCUGCGUCCCUUCCAGUCACCCAAAUGCAUACGAAAACGACAUUUUGAUCGUCCACAACAUGUAGAUGUUAGUGGUCACAACAUGGCAUCGUCUCCUUGUUGCACGAUGGCCAACGGUGGUGCUGGCUUCUACUAAAGAACAGUAUAAAAAGAUAUGCGUGUAAGAGUGUGUGUGCAUGAGUUUGUGUGUGCGCGAGACAAAAAGUGUGUGUGUGUGUGUGUGUGUGUGUUUAGAGUAUUAGAUUGUUGUCCUGGUUGUUGCUGAUUUGUAAUAAAAACUGAUGAAUCCCCCUGUUGGUUUUGCUUAACAAAAUGGUCAUUGUUUAAGAUGACUUUGGGCACACAAAAGACGCGCGCGCACACACAACCCUCGUAUAAAUGUUGUUUCUUUUAUGUACCUGUGACAUAUCUGCGACAAUGCAUUAUUGUUACUCAGUGUUCUAGAUUUAUUUUUUUUUUCAUUUUUUUUUUUUUUUUUUUUUUUUUAAAUGUUCUUAUUAAAAUGUUUACUCGAUUCAUGCUUCGUUUUUUUUGUUAAUUUUUGUUUUAGUUUUGUUCACUAGCUGUUCUCUGCUGGUAAAUCGACAUUGUGAAUCUCAGCCAUGGCUAAAUGCUGUUUUUUUUUUUUCUUUCAUGUGUGUGUGUGUGUGUGUGUGUGUGUGUGUAAGUGUUGAUGUUUUAUGGAUUUUUACACUCUACUUCCAAUAAUCUCCGGGAAUGUAGGAAAGGAGCGCCACCAUCGCCAAUGCACUUUUCAGCCAUUUACCUCACCAGGCCCCGCCUCGUAAAGCAAUAUGCACAGUAUUGGCUAUACAUUUUAUGCAUGCCAUUUUUUGGUUGUUGCAUUUACAGCAUUUAAAAAGUGUUUUUGUUUUUUGGUGUGACUGUUUUAAUGAUUUGAAAUGUAUUUUAAUCAUAUGUGAGAGGAUAACCUUUUUUCUGGCUUCUCUUUAUCUCAGAUUUUCACCUAUCGCGGGGGAUCUCCACCGUUUCCCCUGUAAUAAACGGGGGUUCACUGUCGUGAUUAUUCAACAGCGGAGAUUUUUUUUUAUCUUUGAAUUUUUUAGGCCCAUUGCUGUCAUUGCAGUUUUCCACUUUACCUUAGUUAUUGAGUUGUUAAUUUGAUGUUUUGUGGCGAGUCAUGAAAGUUUGGAGCCAUGCAAAUAUCCACAAUUUAGCGUCAUCCAUCCGUGUGUCUAGAAUAACUGGUCAAAUUUGACAGCAAUUCGACAAAAUCUUUCGGACGAGAUUGUCUUUGAGUGACUAAAAUGUUUGCUUCAAACCAACAUGUAUUUUCAAGCACUGGUUCGUAAGCCUUUUUUUGUGUCUCAUGAUGGAACCAGAUACAAACCUUCAGGAGCUGAAUUUUCCAAAACCCCAUGAGCUUAUUUAUCCUGAGUUAUCGUUUUGUAUUUUAGCAAACUUUGCCAUCAUGCUAAGCCCACACGCUAUCGAAAACCCAAAUGUCUCACAGUUUAGCGUCCUCCAUCCGUCUAGUAACCAUUCUUCAACUUUGGCAACAAAAUCUACGGGAGAAGUCUUUGAAAGACAACUGGAGAAGGCCAGUAUUACGAUAACAUGGCUGCUUCAAAUCAAAAUGGCAGACUUCCUGUUUCUUUUCAGCCAUGGGUCCUGAGACUUUUUGGGGGGUCUCCUCGUGAUUAACAUGCCUACCAAAUUUCAAGUUGCUAAGAAUGUGAGUUAUUGGAAAAAGGAUGGUUGCAGGGCUUGAUGGGUUGAUUCAGUAGAUCCCUAUUGCGUCGAGCAAGACAAAGUAAAAGUUUCUCUUCCCUAAACUUGCGUCCUCUUUCCUUACUUCCGCUGUCUGUCUGGCUGCAGGUCCAAAAGGUCUGCAUACACACACACACACACACACGCGUGUCUGUGUUGUUACAAGUGCACAAUGUGUAUUGUAUUGACCACAACAUCAGGUGCACCUAAAAACUAUAAUGAGGAGGAAAUGUUUAUUAACUCACUUGCAGAGAGUUGAGGGUGUCUAGUAGGGAUAUAACAAUAUUUAGAUGUAGUUUUCCAGUCGCUAAUUAUUUUCACAUCACUCCCGACUGUUUAUCGGCUUUCUUUGUCUUCAGACUCCACAUCCGCUUUGCAUUCAACGUUUGUUGUUGUUUUACAUUUGCAAGGAGGCAAGACCGUGUCAUUGAGAAUAAUGAGGACAGUUUAGUGAGGAAGGUCCCACAUCAUGGCGUCGCGGGAUGUCACUCAAGUGGAAAAGGAGGCGUAAACUAGCGAGAGUGAUGACGCGGAUCGAUUGUGAGGCUUGUUUGGCAGAAUCAGAAUCCUCUUUAUUUGCCAAGUAUGUCCAAAACACAAGGAAUUUGUCUCUGGUAGUUAGAGCCGCUCUAGUACGACACAGCCAUUUGACAGAAAAUACUUUUGAGAUAACAAAACACAGUAUGGAGAGUCACUGAGCAAUAAAAGGUUACCGGUAAUGCUGAUACCUUUUUUUAAACAAUUUUUUAGUUAUUUUUUUUUUUUUGACAAUUGUGCAAAUAAGGCUGAGUCCUCUAGCAAUUUAGAGCCCUUUGAAAUGACUAAUCGGGCAAUAGUCCUUCAAGAAGCGUAUGCAGUUUAAAGUGACUAGUAGUGCGAUAAUCUGGAACAGUGUCAAUGGUGCAAAUGGUGCCGAUACUUCUCAAGCACAUGGGUGGCCAGUAUUGGUCAACAACAGAUAUGCAAAUAGU